AUGGAGGGACGAGCAGCCAAAAUUCUGCAUGGCCUGGACGAAAGCCUCCCAAUGACACCUGGCCGAAAAUGGAGCCUCGCUGCCAUCAUCGUUGCUAUCCCUGUUUUUGUGUUCUUGUUCGCAAUGUGCUUUAAACGUUGGGGAGACUGGUGUCCUUGUGACAAGCAAAGGGACGGACCCGAUGCACCAGCAGCAGGGCCGACGAUUGGAAAUGGCUCACUUCGAGUCGGUAACAUCGAACUGGGUACGGUCAACGUAGAUCGAGAUGCGGCAGACCAGACACAGCCUGGACCACAUUCAAGUCCACCAAGUCAAGUUCUACCCGGUCCAGCUCUACCCAGUCCAGCUCUACCCAGUCCAGCUCUACUCAGUAUAGGUCUACCCAAUCCAGGUCUACCCAGUACAAGUCUACCACGUUCAGCUCAACCCAGUUUGGAACACACCACGGCACGAAACUCGGAGAAUCGGCGAAGCAGCAAUGGGCAAAGCGAACGACGUCGAAUUUUGCAAGAAGAAGCUGCCGCGAUAGUCGAGAGAACGUGA